GUGAUUACACGACCUAAUGAUGAUACAAAGGGGCGAAGAUGGGGAUUACCAAUCAUUAGACAUUCAACCUGGUGGGUGACAGAUGUGUUGAGCUGGACUCGGGAAGAAACACCUUAUUUGUUGCUUCGUGUGGUGUGGAUAGAAAUCAAACCAUUAAAUGUAGCACAAAGGAUUGAGAGAAAAUAG